AUGCGGCUACACACGCGAAUUGGAGCCUCGGUAUGUCUAACGGUGUUCUCGCUGCUGUCCAUCACCCUGCUGCUCCCCAGCUCGCGCGUCUCGACCCAGCUGCAGAAGAUCACUCUGGUGUCUUCGAUCGACAAAUAUGCGAGCAGGUUGUGGAACUGGGGCUCGGACGAUGAUUUCGAGGAUAGGUUUCGGAUAGUCACGUUUGGGGACUCAUGGGUGGAUAGCCUUGAUGAGGGCGCGGGCGGAAGGGGGGGAACCUGGGUGGACGUGCUGUGUGGAGAGAUCAACUGCACAUCUCAUCUGAAUUUCGCCGCCUCGCAGCCCCCCUCAUCCUAUCCAGCCUCGCCGCCGACGGGGGCCAUAACCUCCAACCAGGUCUAUAUCUCGUCCCUGAACUCCUCCGCGCAACCUCCCGAAAGCCCGGUCUCCAACCUGCUUCCUGACCUCGCAACUCAGAUCCAGGAGUUCAUCGCACUGCCCCAGUCGCGAUCACCACGAGAGACCAUCUUCGUAGUGUCCUUCGGUUUCUGGGAUAUCUAUCAUUUCGCAGGUUUGAGCUACACCCUGGGUCAGAACGCGACAGAGACGACGGUCAACGAGCUCUUCACGCAGCUCAACAUCCUGUACAACCACUAUGCGCGACAGGCAGCAAAUUUGACUGCGAGCGGUCUUCCCGCAAAUGCGACUGGUGGUAUAAAUCCGAGCCCUGCACCAUUCCGCCUCGUGAUCCCGAAGCUCUUCGACCCGACCCUAGUCCCGGGCUGGCUCUCUCAGAGACCGGUGCCCCUGGCCCCAUCGAGCGUCUCCGAACAACAGAAGAAUGCGGUCCAUCUAACUAGCCAUUGGAAUCUGUUACUAGAGAACAAGAUGACGACAUGGAUCAAGGAGGAAGAGAGCGAAGUCGAAGGAGACGACGCGCAGACUGCCGAGGGAGAGCAGGCUGAAGCGGACGAGGUCGCCGACCCGAGCGAGGAUCUGGACUGGGAAGAGCCGAUCGCUGUCGAGAAAGAGAUUUUCUACUAUGAUCUCCCCCAAUACCUCCUCGACCUCCUCCUUGAGCACCAGCUCGAAGAGAGCGGACUGACCGACGCCGCUGGCCUCGGGACCGGCGAGAGCCCCUUCGAGAGCGUAUCCGAGCCGUGCGUCCGCGAGGCCGCGCCCGACGACGACGACCCACUCGUCGAUGUCAACGGCCUGCUGGUGUGCAGGGAGCCAGCCGAGUAUCUGUUCUAUGACGGCUUCAACCUUGGACCCGUCGCGAACGAGGCGAUCGGCAAGGAGAUCGGGGCAAUGAUCCGAGAGGGGAAGGACCUGGCGCGGGUGCUGGGUGUAUAA